AACAUAUGUUUUCAUUCAAAUUGUCAAAUGUCAUUGUUACGUAAUAACAAUAUUUCAAUACUACGACAAACGACCGAAUAUGUUACAUUAAAAAAUGAAUAAAUCUAUGUAUCCAAUAUUACUUUCUAAAUCCAUACAUUUCAAGCUUCGCUUAACCCCAAACAUAAGAACCGUAAAGACUAAAUCUCAAAAACAGAUAAAGGAAAGUUACAAGAUUUUGGAUAUUCCUGAAAACUCCAGUCAAGAUGUUGUGAAGCAAGCAUUCUUUGAACUAGCUAAGAAGUAUCAUCCAGACUCCAAUUCACCGGAUGCCAAUCUUGAAAAGUUUGUCCUCAUAGAAAAUGCUUUCAGGGUUCUUUCUAAACAUAACACUGAUUCUUCCAACUCUGAAGACAUUGAAAAGAUUGUCUUUGACAUCAGACAUACAGCACCCCAACAUCGCCAGUACCUAAGUUUUGAAGGGGUAGGUCACGGUACACCAUCACAACGACAAAGACAAUGGACCCAAGCAAGAGCACAAAAAGCUGCCAUUAAUGUCAUGGAACACAGAAUGACCAAAGCAGUAGCAUCCGAAAACUCUCUGAUAAAAAAAGAUUCAAUCAGAAAACAUGAUAUAAAAACUAAAUAUGGCUUUGAAAGAGUGGUCGAGGAUCUCAUACAAGAGUCAAUGUCAAAAGGGGAGUUUGAAAAUUUGACCGGAAAAGGAAAGCCAUUGAAAGAUCAGAAUCGAAAUCCUUAUGUGGAUUUUACUACUCAUAAACUGAAUGAGGUUUUAAUAAACAACGGAAUGACACCUGAAUGGAUAACCAUGAGAAAGGAAAUAGAACAAGACAUAGAACUAUUAAAAGAGGAAAUAAAGAAAGAUAGAAUGUAUUUGGGUCCAUAUCCUUUGAGCGAAGUAGACAUUCCGAGAUGGAAUAGAGUAUACGAGAGCAAUAAAGAAUUAGCAAACUCUAUAAACAACAAAAUAAACACAUACAAUCUUAUUGUACCUCUAAUGAACAAACAGAAAUUUCAUAUAGAAUUUGAUAAAAUUUGUAAUGAUAUUCUUAUCAAUGGUGUGCAUUCAGUUGAUAAAGGGAAGGUCUAUGAACAAAAGGCUCAGACUGUAUCAGAACAGGAAAGUGAUGAUAUUAUGGGUGUGUUCUUUAAAGCUUUAGGAGAUCUACUUAGUUUUAGGGAUAGUGAGAAAAAAAAGGUUGAUAAUAAUUGAUGAUUUAAAAUUUUGACGACGCGUUGGCGCCGCGGUCACAGCACUGGCUGUGCGCUGACGCUAGGGUCGAACCCCAAUCACGACAGACCUUUGUAGUGGCUAUAUUAUAUAGAUGUUUGGCGUGGUCUGGGCGUUUGUGCUUGUGUAUUCUUUCCGGACCCUCGACUCAAGGAGAAAAUACUACUGGGGGCCAUUGACUGUGAAGCGUUUAUUAUAUAUUAUUUAUGAAAGGUCGGGUAAUAUUAUUAAUUCUAGUCACAAUUUAUAACUAUGAUUUUUGGUCUAAAAAUGAAUAAAAUCACUUAUCAUUACUA